UGUUUGUUUUCCAUUUAUUUAUAAAAAGCCGCAUCGAACAAAUAAAAAAUGCUAGAAUCGCUGUACAGUUUACCGUUCCUACUCUUAGAAGUGCCCAAUCUAAAGAUAAAACAACCUUCAUGGCUGAAGCAACCGUCGCCGAUGGCUGUUUUCACAUUAGUUUUGUUUUCAUAUUUUUUGGUUACCGGAGGUCUAAUUUAUGACGUCAUCGUUGAACCACCGAGCGUAGGAUCCACUACAGACGAAAAUGGUCAGACACGGCCGGUUGCCUUCAUGCCAUAUCGAGUAAACGGACAGUAUAUCAUGGAAGGUUUGGCUAAUGCAUUUCUGUUUACAGUCGGCAAGACAGUCGGUGGCUUAGGGUUCAUCAUCAUGGAUCAGACGCACGCGCCCGGAAAAGCUAAACUGAAUCGCAUUUUACUGACGUCCAUGGGUUUCCUUUUUAUUUUGGUCUCGUUUUUCACGACGUGGAUCUUUAUGCGAAUGAAAUUGCCGGGAUAUUUGCAGCCGUAAGAACAAAAUUGGACGAUGUUAGCGAGUCCGAUAUCGUUUUGAAGCUGUGUUGGUAGAACCAGUGGUUAAUGAACAAAUUGU